ACCUCACUGGUCGCUCCCACUAGGCCACUACCCCCAACCCUAACCCCCGAUCCCCUUCUCCCAGCACCGCCGCCAUGGCCACGCCGCCGCCGCCGACCAUCCCCGACGAGCUCCUGGAGGAGAUCUUCAUCCGCCUGCCCACCCCGGACGCGCUCGCCCGCGCUUCCGCCGCCUGCACAUCCUUCCGCUGCGUCAUCAAAGGUCGCGCCUUCCGCCGCCGCUUCCGCACGCUGCAUCGCCCUCCCCUCCUCGGCUUCAUGGACGUGGGCGGAUUCUACCCCGCCCAGGCGCCGCACCCCUCGGCCCCGGUCGCCGGCGCCCUCGCCCCCUGCGCCGCGGAUUUCUCCUUCGUCCCGGCCGUCGUCUCUUCUUCCUCCUACUUCGUGCCGCCGGGCGUCCAAGACGACGGUGAAGGUCCUCGCUGGCGCCCCCGCGACGUCCGCGACGGCCGCGUUCUCCUCGAUUGGAGAUCCUUCUACCCCCGUUCGGUCCUGAGGUGGAGCUACCCGGAAGACGGCUCCAGAGUAAGCAUCCUCAUGGACUCCAGGGAGCUCGGUGACGAAGAACGCUGUGACCGCCCGACGUGGACCAAACGGGAGCGGUGCAACGCUGCCGACUUCCACCUCGCCGUGUGUGACCCCUUAUCCAGCAGAUACGUGUUGCUUCCAACCAUACCUGAGGACCUUGCCGCCCAGCCGCAGGAUCGCCUCCAUGGAUUCGAGCCCGUGCUUGCUCCCAACACCAGGGACGACGGCGAGGAAAAGCCCUUCAAGGUGAUAUGCAUAGCAAGAUACAUGACGAAGCUUGUCCUCUUUGUGCUCCCGUCCACAACUAUGCAAUGGUCUAUGGUCGAGCCUCCCAUUUCACCUUCGUUGGAACGCAUGUCCUGUUUUGACUGCGUGCGCUGCUGCUUCUACUGGACAAAGCCUUAUGGCUGGAGUGACCAUUUGAUGGUGCUGGACACCCGCACUUUGAGGUUUUCCACUGUCGACCUUCUCACCGGCUACCAUGUGGAGCUCAGCGAUCUGCCUGACGAGUGCUUUGCCCAUCGACACCCAAUGGCUGUUGUGAUGGGCCGGGAAGGCGCCCUUGAGAUGUUUUCCCUUGUAAGUCAACACGGAUCCUUUGCCCUCUACCAUACCUCUCUGAAGAAUAAUUCACAUCAGUGGAAGCUAGAGAAGAUCAUACAGCUUCCUGGGCAGUAUCAUUCCAUUUGCACUAUCGGUGCAGCUGAGGGAUUCUUGUUCUUCCGAGGCGCUCCCGAAGGUAUUCAUAUCGGGAAUGUGGAUUGUUACUCAAUGGAGGUCAAGACUUAUGAAAUUACCAAAGUCUGCACAAAGAUGGAGAAUACCUUCAAUCCCAGACGUGCCCUCCCAUACUUUAGCUUCCCACCGCUGUUAUCAGAACCAACUAUCUGAUCAACUGAUCUGAGCUCGCUUGCUAGUUGUUUUGGUCUUGCUUGGGCUAUAUACACCUGGAGUUGGAUGGCGGAUGUUCAAGAUUGUGCUGAUGUGGUUAGAUAUGUCUGCAUUAGUAUGAAUGUAAGCAGGAUAUGGUGUCAGCAAGUUGAGUUUGAACAACACUGAGGUCUAAGACUCCGGUUUAUAUUAUGUACUGAUGUUUGUGCUGGAAGACUUCUGUUUAUGUUCCCCCCUUUUAAUCCAUGUCCUUAGUCUAGAUGAACACUGAAUGUAAGCAGGAUAUGCUGUCAGCAAGUUGAUGCUUUUAUCUGCAUGAGUGAAUGAAUUUGUUAAUUUCUCUGAUUA